UAAGGGAUGAGCGCAUCUUCCAGAUCGAGGGAAAAGGAAGCUCUUCUGCCCGUUGGCGCUGUAAACGGAGAUGCCACCGCGACCCCCAAGAAGGCUUACAAGUCCAUUAUCCUCAGCGUGUGUUCGUUCAUCCUCGUGACGGAGUUCUGCGAACGCUUUGCGUACUACGGGUUCACGGGCUCAUUGCCCAUCUUCUUUCGGAAGCAUUUGGGCAUGAGCAGUGUCUUGGCCACAGAGCUCAAUAGCGUGUUUACCUGUUUCACAUACAUCAUGCCCCUUUUUGGUGCAUACAUUGCCGAUCGGCACAUGGGUCGCUACAAAAGCAUUUUGUCGUUCUCGUUGUGGUACUUGGCGGGGUUGGUGGUGUGUACGAUUGCUGCGCAUCCUGCUGUGAUGUCCAUGCCGUUGUUCAUGGCGGGGUUAUUCGGAGGCGUUGCGAUGGGAGUCGGUGGCAUCAAGCCAAACGUAGUGGUGCUAGGCGCGGACCAAUUCGACGUCACGGACCCAUCGCAGCGAAAACAGCGGGACGAUUUCUUCAACUGGUUUUACUGGUCCAUCAACUUCGGGUCGACCUUUAGCUACAUUUUCCUCACCAACUUGGCGGUGCAAGGCUUGCCGCCGUUGAUUCCCGAAUCGUUUGGGUUCUUCGCGUCGUUCCUGAUUCCGUCCAUCUCGUUCUUCUUGGCUGUGUGCAUCUUUUACGCCGGCCGCGACCGGUACGUGAAGAAGCCGCCGCAGGGCAGCGCGUUGAGUCGCUUCUUCGACAUCUUGUUGUGCGCUGGAGCCAAGUCGUUCCAUGGCAAGGUGGUCUUGUCGGGCGGCCUCGUGUUCAUUCCCGCCAUCGUCACGACCACGGCGUCCUACUUCAUCCAAGACCCGACGCUGCACUUGGCCGUGGCUCUGGCGGGCGCGGGUAUGAUCGUGUAUGGCACGCUGGUGCUGGUCACGUCUGGCCAGGACACGUCGUGGGUGCUGCAGGCGGCGGAUGCGGGGCAGUACUCGCUCGGCGAAGUCAAGGAAGUGGCCCAAGUCGUUCGGUUGGCGCCGUACUUUAGCUUCCUCAUUGUGUUUUGGGCCGUGUACGCCCAGCAAAGCAUGAACUUUGUCAUGCAGGGCUGCCAGAUGGACCUCCGCGUCGGCGACGCGCAGAUCUCGUCGGCCAUGCUAUCCAUGUUUGACGCGAUCGUCAUCCUUGUGUUUGUGCCAGUGUUCAACUCGGUCUUGUACCCCGUCGUCGAGUCAUGCGGAGUCAAACUGACGCUGCUGCGCAAGAUGGGCAUCGGGUUUGUCGUCGCCACAGCUUGCAUGCUCGUGGCGGGUCUGACGGAAUCCGCCCGCAAGGAUGCGGGGGUGUUGCCGGGUCUCAACUCCAACUGCGCCCAGCCCGGCGAGCACCUCGCCAUGUCCCAGUUGAGCGUGUGGUGGCAGAGCCCCCAGUACCUCUUGGUCGGGAUUGCCGAAAUACUCGUGAGCAUUCCUUCGUACGAUUUGUUUUACUCUGAGGUGCCGGAAUCCAUGCGCAGCGUGUGCCAGGCGCUGAAUUUGCUCACCACGACGCUGGGCUCGUUGGUGGCGGGGGGCACAAACAGCAUUUUCUCGUUUUGGAUCCCCAGCGACCUCAACACGGGCCAUCUCGAGUAUGUCUUUUACGUGUUUGCGGCGCUCGUCCUCGUCAACUUGGCCGGGUUCAUGGUCGUGUCCCAGGGGUUCGAGUACCACCAACCGGCGAAAACCACGCUGGACCUCGUGUCGGGCUUUUCGCCAGCAUUGCCGCGGGCCAACCACCACCGCCGCCAGUCGCGCCAGACGUAGAUAUUAGUACGGAAAUAAUAGGACAUUGGAAGUCGAAGAAUUGUGAUGGAUACUCGUAUAUUUGAAAUAUAUAUCCUACUCGGAA